AUGCUGGAGGAGGCGGGCGAGGUGCUGGAGUCGGUGCUGAAGGCCUCGUGCCUGCCGCUCAGCUUCCUGCUCUUCGUGCCCGCCGUGCUCCUGCUCCUGGGUCCGCCGCCCGCCGCCGAGGCCGCCCACGAGUUCACGGUCUACCGCAUGCAGCAGUACGAGCUGGGCGGGCAGCCCUACGGCACCAGGAGCGCAGUGCUUAACACUGAAGCCCGCACUGUAGAAGCGGAUGUCCUGAGCCGCCGCUGCGUCAUGAUGCGGCUGGUGGAUUUCUCCUAUGAGCAGUACCAGAAGGCUCUCCGCCAGUCAGCUGGUGCUGUGGUGAUCAUCUUGCCGCGAUCUAUCUCUUCUGUCCCACAGGAUGUUGUAAGGCAAUUCAUGGAGAUAGAGCCGGAAAUGCUUGCUAUGGAAACCAUUGUGCCAGUCUACUUUGCAGUGGAAGAUGAAGAGCUGUUGUCUAUCUAUGAACAAACACGGGCUGCUUCUGCAUCUCAGGGUUCUGCUUCAGCUGCAGAAGUUCUGCUGCACACGGCAACUGCCAAUGGCUUCCAGAUGGUGACCAGUGGGGCUCAAAGCAAAGCUAUCAAUGACUGGCUCAUACCCAGUGUGGAGGGAAGGCUUACGGGGCUGGGUGGAGAAGACCUGCCCACUGUUGUGAUAGUUGCCCACUAUGAUUCUUUUGGAGUGGCUCCAUGGCUGUCACAUGGUGCUGACUCCAAUGGCAGUGGUAUCUCAGUGCUACUGGAACUAGCCAGGCUGUUUUCACGGCUCUACACCUACAGACGUACCCAUGCUGGGUAUAACUUGCUGUUCUUUGCAUCUGGAGGUGGCAAGUUUAAUUAUCAAGGAACCAAGCGGUGGCUGGAAGACAAUUUGGACCACACUGAUUCCAGCCUGCUGCAGGACAACGUAGCAUUUGUUCUCUGCCUUGAUACUCUGGGCCGAGGCAAUAGCCUUCAUCUCCAUGUCUCAAAGCCUCCCAAGGAGGGGACCUUGCAGCAUGCAUUUCUGAAAGAACUGGAGAUGGUUGUUGCCAGCCAGUUUCCAGACGUGAAGUUUUCCAUGGUGCACAAGAAGAUAAACUUGGCUGAGGACAUGCUGGCAUGGGAGCAUGAGCGUUUUGCAAUCCGACGCUUGCCAGCAUUCACCAUCUCCCAUCUGGAGAGCCAUCGGGACAGCCUGCGCAACAGCAUCAUGGAUAGGAGGGCACGAAUAGACACUAAGGCACUAACCAGGAAUACUAGGAUCAUUGCUGAGGCUUUGACAAGGGUCAUCUACAAUCUAACAGACAAGGGAGCACCUGCAGAUCUGCAGAUCUUCACGGAUCAGAUGCAGAUCCAGCAGGAGCAACUAGAAUCGGUGAUGGACUGGCUGAGCAGUCAGCCCAGGGCUGCCCAGCUGAUUGAUAAAGACAGCACCUUCCUCAACACCUUAGAAUAUUAUAUGGGUCGCUACCUGAAGGAUGUCAAACAGCAUCAUGUAAAGGCAGACAAACGGGACCCUGAGUUUGUUUUCUAUGACCAGCUGAAACAGGUGAUGAAUGCAUACAGGGUCAAGCCAGCGAUCUUUGACCUGCUUCUGGCUGUCUGUAUUGCAGCCUACCUUGGUGUUGCCUAUGUUGCAGUGCAGCACUUUGGUCUCCUUUACAAGAUGAUACAGAGAUUAUCCCUUAAAACCAAGCAGCAGUGAAGCAACAAGUCAUCACCCAUACAGCAGCACUGAGCCAUCGGUGAGCCCAUCAAGAACCUUCUGCCUUCCAUUGAAUCCUGCUGUUUCUCUUCCUCUGUCUCCUCUUUGCUACUCUAUAGAGGGGAGGAAGGCAGAAAGAAAAUGAAAUUUUAACUCUUGUGCACCUUUUUAAGUGCUUUUCUUCACCUUUGUCCCCUGACUUGCACCAUGUCUGUUUUCCUUUUGCUUUUUGGCGAGGGAGAGGCUCAGAAAUUUCAGUAGUUCUGCAGGUUGUUUAAACACUGAACAGCUGAUUCUGAGCAGCUUCUAUGAGUGUAAAACCAAGUCCAGCACCUUCAUAGACACACGUGCCAUACAACCAACUUGGAAACUAAACUACAGAGUAGAGUGACGUGUUAUCUCUGCCCAGCAAACAAGAACUCAGAGCAGUUGUUUAAAAGAAAAAAAAGUGCACAUGCAAAUUAAAGAGAAUACUACUAGCAUGUUUUCUUAUGGCACCUCUUCCUUAAGUUCACUGCCUGGCUUUACAAAGGUGUGCUGAGCAAGCAGUGUCUGCAGCAAGUGUCUUGCAUUUUAUUUAAACUGUGCAAUAACUCAUUCCCUUUCAGGAGGUGCACUGUAAACGAUCUUGACUGUUAUUGACAGAAUGAGGGAAGAUUGUUAAAACGGGUUCCUUGCAUUAGGGUUCUUAUCAGGACAGGUUCUCUCCUGUCUCUGUUGGAGGAUGCAUUUUGCUGUGUACUUGAUUUCUCUUAAAGUUUAUGGUCCUUGAACAGUUCAUGGCUGCCACCACUCUGUGCUAAACUUUUGCUUGGUUUUUAAGGGGUGUUCUACAGUCCCAACUGCUGCAGGAUUGUGUUCUGUACUGUUCCAUGUAUUUAAACAAGCUGGUUAUAUUAAUAGCAAGAGCAGCCCAGCUCCUGCUGACCUGUGGUCUGUAAUCCCUUCAAUCUUCAUUCCUUAGUUUUCACUUCCAGAUGAGUUCUGGAUUUUGGGGUGUUUUCGCAUGUUCACCUGCAUCUCAGGGUCUCAUUUCACAUUUUUCAGCUCUAUUAUUUCUGGAAACUCUGUUCCUGGCCUGCACAUAUGAGCAAGUUCCCAAAGUGCUUGUUGCUGUCCUUUCAUGUGCUGCCCACAGUAUGAAGGGAGGCAGGUCACUUAGCCAUUAAAAAGCAAAACAAAACAAAGAAUGCAUUUUUAUGAAUGUCAUUUUAAACAUGGCUGUUUCUGGAACUCUGCCUGAGAGAAUGUAUCUUGGAACAUAUGCUGUCUGUUACUUUUAUCCUUCAGCAAGCCUUAUUUUUAGUUUGCUGAUGCUUCUGGAUGGAGAGCGCUAUGUAGUUGCCCAAAAUAGUUGCCAGUGCUGUGCAAAGAUCAGGAGGGCCAGGUAACCAGUUGCUCAAGCAUUGUCAUCAUCUUAAGUUUAAGUCUUUCCUGAAUUCUACCAUCCAAGGUAAGCAGGAUACUUGUUACCACUUUCUGAUGAUAGCUGAAUGCCCUUUUUGGGCAGUGUUGCACUUUGUUUACCCUCAAGUUCUGGAAAACAUAUCAAGAUGCUGACUACAAGUCCUAGGCUAGUUGUAGUUCUAGAAGGUGUCCUGGCUGAAUACUACUGUCCUGCCACUCCACAAUGUUUCAGUCCUUUCUGUAAUUUGUUCUGUGCACAUGAGGUCUCUUCACAGGCCAUGGUGACUACCUUUUUUUUUAAAAUGACUACUUAUAUUUAAAAUAGCAUCUUUUACAGAGGCUGAAAAGCUCUUGUGGGUUUGAAUGAAGGUGUACCCUUUUUCUGUAUGCAAGGAAAAUUCAAGCUGUGCAUCCUUGUCUGUACCACAGCUGCUGCGCGUGCACUUGUUAGAAAAGGGAUUGUUGUGGCCAGUCACUGUCCUUGUCCUUUGGAUGGGGACCAAAGCACUGAUUUCCAUCCAUCUUUCUUUGUUUCACUGUAGUCUCCUUCUUGGAGUACCCUUACCCCAUGAUGUGUGCUUUCUGCUACUUCAGAUGUGUAGCAACUUGUUCUUUAAAGGGUCUUUUCCAGGAGAGCAUGCUGAUGUCAGUGGCUCACUGUAAUAUCAGAAGGUGGCAUGGUACCAAGCGCUCCUGAAAUAUCAGUCCUACAGGGAAACUUGCCUUUUUCUGGUCUUUUGAGUGCUUAUUUAAAAUAUGUCUCUCUGCAUGCAUGAAGUGUUUGUGACACUCCUCUGCCAAAUGAAUUUAUGAUUUUAGAAAUUGUUGGAGUGGCUGGAAGUCGAGCCUUGAUUGUUUCCGCUGGCUUUUAUGCUCUGCCCUUAGAGACUACAUAUGUUGUGCUAUGGGAAGGUGCAUGCUCUGGACUGUGUAGGUUCAGAACAUGCACGGUACGGUGACUAUCUGAAGAACUUCUCUCUACGUUCUGAAUAUCUGGAAGUAGUUUCAGAGGCCUCCAGCUGCAUCAUACAUUUCUAGUGUGUUACACUUGGAGAGGAGGUGUUCCCUCCAAUCCAGCAGAUUACUUAUCGUUAGCAAUCCUGCUGCAGCUUGACUUGAUGCAUAUAAAAUUUGCAAGUGGUGGGCAACAGAGAACAGAACGGGCCUGGAGCAUUCUUCCUUGCAGUGGAGACUGUCAACCUUCAGUCUUCCAGAUGAGAAGCUCAAAGUUCAGAGUCAAAAACUUCCACCAAGGCAACCCAGUGUGGUUGCAGCUAUGUCCCUGUCAAGGUUGUAGCAUUAAAGCAAACACUUCAGCUCCUUGUGGUCUCAACAAUAAACUGCUAACACUCCUGAUGCAGUGCCGGAAGCCAGUGGCAGCUAUCUAAAAGAAAGGUGGAUAGAGGUAAAUGAGAGUUCAUAAACCUGAAGGGCAGUUGGGAUUGUACAUCACUGUCUCCCACACAAGGGUAAUUUGUCCUAUAAUCUGAUUGGAUGCAUUUUGUGUAUCUGUAGCUGGUUGCCAUAGAAAGUAGUUUUUACUACAGAUAAGGGUUUAUGCUUUUGAUCAAAGUGCAUGUGCACUGAAACAUUAUAUAUUCAAAUCUGAGAUAGUCAAAUUCCAACUUUCUCAUAGUUAGAACAGAGUGCCUGCCCAUCCUGGGAGUGAACUUAGUUCCCACAUUGCUGUUUCCUUUGGGAAGUUGGCAGAGAAGCUUGUAAAUAGACCCUGCUAUUCUGCUAGGUUUUGAAAAAACAAGAAAAAUGGUGCUGAUCCAUACUGCAGCAUAUCUGAUCAAUUCUGUCACCAACACGACAUGCAAAGGCAGAAAUCCAACAGCUGUUCUAGUAAAAUAAAAGUUCUCCACAACAUUGCAGCUCUGCGUAGCUGAUUCUUAUUGCCCCUAUUUUUACCUAGCCUUUCUAUCAGGAGUUUGCCUGACCUGGAAGGAAGAAGCAUGGAAAGCUUAUGUCCACAUAUACAGUAGUGGCUAGCAGUUGAUGCUUCUAGCCAUAAAACAAUUUUCUUUGCUGUCUGUCUGACUUUACCUGUUGUCCUGGUGCUGUCAAAGUCUGCAGCUCACAAAAAUCUGGUUUUCCAACAGGUUUUAAGCACUGAAGCUGUUCAUUCCUUCUGUCCAGUCCCACCCACACAGGCACUAAUGGGGAUUGUAUGCAAGUAGUUUGGACUAUUGCAGUUGAUCUCCCAAAUAAGAGAGGUUGAUUCAUUGUUGUGAAAUAAGUACUACUGUGCAGUAUGAACCCCAGCCUUGUACUCAGUACUAAGAGAAAAGACUCCGAAGCCAAAAUGGAGCUAGGUGCCCCACUGUCUGUGGGUGGAGGAGUCACCACAAUCUAGAUGCUUAAAACCACGGAUACCUAAAAUUGUUGUGGGGCUUGGUUGAGGGGGGGGUGGUGGUGUUUGUUUGUUUUAAAUCAUGCACUCUCAUGUUGUUCAUAGCACAAGCCAAAAUACCGAGCUUCUCCUGCACCUCGUAGCCAAACUGGGUUUUACAUUUAAGAGCCGUUCAGUCUUGACUUACCAAUCUGAAAUGAUGGGGGUGCUACUAUGUGUCUCAGUAAAUUGGGCCUCUGGAUACUCAAGUGUGGGCUCUUGCUUGCUCACUUUGAUCUGUUUGGUUUCCAUUUGUAGUUACUGGAUAGCAACUUCAAGGUUAUAAUCUUGAAUAUUUGCAGCUCAGGAAAAAGAGUCGAUUUAUCUAGCAAUGUUAACUCAAUUAUUUAUCUCUUGUGUGUUCUAAAGAACAAAUGUAUAUUGAGCUGAAUAUUUAAAAGCUAAUAGAAAAUUCAGUGCAGUUGAUUUACA